AUAAUUAACUACUGUUUCAUUCCUUUUUGCUUUAAUAAUUUUUCCAAAUCCCACCCCACCCACUAACUUUGCCGGGAUUCCACUAUAAACUCCUGAACUAUGAAAGAGAUUAAAUUUUUACUAUGAUAUGUUUCAAAAUUUGGAGAACCCACAAUUCUUUUGUCUGGGUUCUUGAUUUGUCAACAGAUGGUGAAAGGAGGGAAACAACAACAGUAAGAAAGCAGGUAGUUGUUGUAGUUACCUUUCACUUUCUAAUUUUCAUUUUCUUGCUGUUACUAAUAUUUUAUUUAUCGGUGUUACCAAUUUCUUGAGCAAGUAAAGUAAUUAAUGGUUGAAAGGGAGAGUUAGACUAAAUAAAGUAGCUCAAGAUUUGAAUAAAGGGUUGACAUAGAUUGCCUCAGAUCCAGGUUACUCAAAGUCUUCUUGUUGAGAAAAAAAAGUUUGCCUUUUUACUCAGGGUUUUCCUGUGAUUCUUCAAACUCCCCCCCCCCCCCUCUCUCUCAUCAACCAUUUUGUUGCUUCCCUGCUUUAAUUCAGCUCAAAUAUUGUCAUAAAUUCCCAAUCUUGAUUUGUUUUCUUAUUGUCAAUUUUUUGACUUGUUUUGCUUCAGUUGACUGUUUGAGUAAGAAUGGAUCUUGGUGAAGAUGGAUUUCCCCUUUCUUGCUUCUUCAUGUAUUGUAUUUGGUGAAGUUAGGAAUAGUUUAAUUAAGUGAAUAUUUGAAGGAAUUGGAUUAUUAGAGUGAGUAUUGUACUUCACCUUUCUAUGUGUGGAGACUUCCUUUUUCAGUGAUGGUGAUGGUAUUCAUUUUUAGCAUGGCAGAUCUAGGAAGUAAUUUCUAAUUAUAAGCUUUCUUUGGUUUAGUUUGGAUCAUGGGCAAUGGAUUCUUGAUCUUAAAUGGUAGAUUUUGCUUUCUGUUGGGGGGGUGGUGAGUUAAUUUAACAAUGACAGGUGAUGUGGUAGUAGAUGGGCUGCGGGGAAACCUUUCGUAUAUAGAUAGUGAUCUCGAUGGAGGGGAGGCGUGGGGCGGUCUCGGUGCCAUUUAGUUUAGGUAAUUGCACUCUUGACUACCCGAAGAGUAUGGAGGAAGAGGCGGCUACGGAUGCUGAGAUGAAGAGUUUGGGCAACUCUGUGGAUGGUGACAAUGAUGAUUGCAGCUUUGGUGACUCGGGGAGUGAUGUUAGUUUCUCGGUGGCGUUGGGGUCGGGGGAGGUGAGGAGCGAGGGGUCUUCGUCUCUGGUGGCUACGACGUCUGAGGACGAGAGCUUCUGGCUGGCUCGGGAUGUUGUGGUCCGCGACAGUGAGGAGGAUGGGUUGUCUUCGUUGGAGGGUGAUGCGAUGCCUGAUAGCUCCUGCUCGUUGUCGGUGGUGAGUGAUGCUAGCAGUCUGUGUGGGGACGAUUUCUUGGCGUUUGAGGCCAACUUCUUGGAGGUUGAGAGGGAACUUGCUUCGAGAAUACUUGUUUCGAGAAAUCCGAGUGGUGAUGAUGCAGUUUUAGGCGAUUCUCCAUCUGUAUCCGCGGAAGGGGCUGCUGAUGUUGCCGUCUCUAAAGCGUCCAAGGCUGAUGUUCGGUUGGAGAAAGGGCCGAGCGGGAGGGGAGGCCGGAGUAUCUUUGAAGUGGAUUGUGUGCCUCUUUGGGGUCUCACCUCUGUUUGUGGUAGGCGACCGGAGAUGGAAGAUGCAGUCGCAGCUCUGCCUCGUUUGCUGAAAAUCCCGAUCCGGUUGCUGACCAGUGAGGAUGGAGGAGGGAUGACGACGUGCUUGAGCCAUCUGACGGGCCACUUCUUUGGAGUGUACGACGGUCAUGGAGGCUCUCAGGUAGCUAACUACUGCCGUGAUCGUCUGCAUCUUGCUUUGAAUGAAGAGUUGGAUGUGAUGAUAAACAACCUUGAUGAUAAUGCUAGCUGUGAAGAGAAGUGGAGGAGAGCUUUCACUAGAUGUUUUCUCAAGGUCGACGAUGAGGUCGGAGGGAAGGCCAGCCUCGAGCCCCUCGCACCCGAGACCGUGGGGUCCACGGCCAUCGUUGCACUAGUGUGCUCUUCUCAUAUAAUAGUGGCCAACUCUGGCGACUCGAGGGCCGUGCUCUACCGUGGCAAAGAAGCCAUGGCCCUUUCCGUCGACCACAAACCUAAUCGGGAAGACGAGUACGCACGCAUCGAAGCAUCGGGAGGGAAGGUCAUACAAUGGAACGGCCAUCGCGUCUUUGGUGUCCUUGCAAUGUCGAGGUCUAUUGGAGACCGGUAUCUGAAGCCCUGGAUCAUCCCCGAUCCCGAAGUGAUGUUCGUUCCACGGACGAAGGAGGAUGACUGCCUCGUCCUGGCCAGCGACGGCCUUUGGGAUGUCAUGACAAACGACGAGGCAUGUGAUCUAGCGCGUAAAAGGAUACUACUGUGGCACAAGCACAACAGCGCCUCCCUCCCGUUGGAACGGGGCGAGGCGAUCGACCCCGCGGCUCAGGCGGCCGCAGAGUACCUCUCGAACCGGGCGAUGCAGAAGGGCAGCAAGGACAACAUCUCCGUUAUUGUAGUAGACUUGAAGACUCAAAGAAAGAUCAAGAACAAGACCUAGUCCUAGAAUAAAGAUAAUUUCUUCUUUUAACCUUUUUAUUUUUUUUCCUUAAAUUAAAUAAUGUGACAAAAAAAGUGAUUUAUUUCGCCCAUAUGUUUUAAUUAUGGGCUAUAGAUUUGUGCAAUUAUAAUGUAAAGUUUAUUUAGUAGUAGUAUUCGGAUUAGGGUUUUGGAACCCACGCGCCUUCAGACUUAAGGUUCUGUGUGGUUUGCAGGCUAUUGUAUCGAUCAUAGUGUGUAUUAUAGAGUGUGUAUUAUAGAAUGAAUGAAAUGUUUUAUUGAACUGAGUAA